AUGGAUCUCGACCAGUACGACGAGUUUGGGAAUUAUGUUGGCCCCGAACUGGAGGCUUCGGACGAUUCGGAUGAUGAGGAAGCGGCCAUUGAAGCGGCCGCAGCAGCCGAUGCGGCAGCAGCCGCUGCGGCUGUUGCUGCGGGGGGCGUUUCUGCGGCGGAUGGGGAGCUCGUGAGGCGAGGGCUAGUGCGCAUGGACGAGGAGGACCUGCAGCAGCAGCAGCAGAAGCCGGUCCCUCACGAGCUCAAGCAGUACUAUCCUACCGCGUCGGAGGUGUAUCCGGAGGCAGAGACGCUCGUGCAGGAGGAAGACUUGCAGCCGAUAACUGAGCCGAUCAUAGCCACCACGAAGCUUUCAGACUUCGACCUUCUAGAGUCCGAGCUUCCAGAGACGACCUUCUCCUUCGACUACCUUGCAGGCCUCAUGCAUUCGCCCCAGUGCGUGCGCAACAUUUGCCUCCUGGGGCACCUGCACUCCGGGAAAACCACCUUUGUGGAUAUGCUGGUUGAAGAGACGCAUCCAAACCGCCUACCCCCAGGCCUCUCGCUGCUGACGCAGCACGUAGAGGCGCCUCACGCAAACAAGCGGCAUAAGACAUACUUCAGAAGAUACACCGACACUCGGACCGACGAGCAGAAACGCGGCCUUUCCAUCAAGGCCACACCCAUCUCUCUCGUUCUUCGCACUUCGCACCACCACAGAUCGCGCACGCUUGCGCCUCUUCUUCUCGCCGGCAACAAAGCGCCCGAAGCAGCCGACGCCAAUGGGAAAGACGGCGAAGAAGAAGAGAGCAGCAACGGCGCCAGAAGCAGCAGCGCCACAGACGGCAGCAGCCAUUCUCGCGCAGACGGCACUGGGGAGGAGGCGUCAACUCCGUUCACGGGCUCGCGUAGCUUCCUGUUCAACAUCAUCGACACGCCAGGACACGUCUGCUUCUCGGAUGAGGCGAGCGCUGCAAUGCGACUGUGUGACGGCGCCAUCUACUUCGUGGACGCCUUGGAAGGCUUGCAGGCGUCGGCAGCUCCACAACUGGCGCAGGUUGUAGAGGAAGGGCUUGGCCUUGUGGUUGUGUUCAAUAAGCUGGACAGGCUGGUUCUGGAGCUCCGGCUCAGACCACAGGAUGCGUACUACAAGAUCAAGUGCAUGCUCGACGAGCUCAACGAGACGCUCGAGACAAUAUGCAGCAUGCGCGGUUUGCCCCCCUUGGUCGUGUCUCCCCGCAACAGGAAUCUGGUGUUUGCAAUGAGCCAAUUUUCCUUCGUCUUCUCGGUAGAGUCCUUUGCGGCGCUGUACUUUGACUCGUACGUCUUCAACCCCACAGCGACGCAGGCGGAGGGCAGCAGCAGCAGCGACGCGAACGUCACCCCGAAAGCAGCGGCGCUCUUCGGCGGCGUUUCCAUGGAGAAGCUGCUGAAGGCAGAGGCGUUGCAGCAGCAGUUGCAGCAGCAGAGCCAGCAAGGAGAGGCCAGGAUCAGCAGAAGGAAGAAGCACAAGGAGACCGACGAAGUCGCCAACGAGGGCGAUCAUACGAAGGAUGACACGCCUGCCGACGUUUACACGCAACUCGAGCUGUUCGAGAUCGCCUUGUGGGGAGACUUUUACCGAGAUCCAGAGACACACCGUGUCGUGUCGGCUCCCCCCUUCCCGGAUGCUCCCCGAAUGUUCGUUGAAUUCAUUCUAGAACCCCUUUACAAGCUGCUCGCACACUGCGUUGCGGAGGAGAGACCUACGCUGGAGCCAACGCUUGCAGAAGAGGGAGCCGUAGCGUCGGCUAUGAAGGCCGUCGACAGAAAAAGUCCUUACUUGAUGAUUUACACAACAAAAAAUUACCACCGACCAAACAACUAUUCCGCUUUCGACCUCCUCGGAAGAGUCAUGAGUGGCACCGUCUGCAAGGGUCAUCGCGUCAGG